AGGCAAAGUAUAGUAUGUUGAUUGAGAGAAAGUAAACGUUUCUGCCUAUUCAUGGAUAGAUAUCCGAUACAAGGACUUGGAGGCCCUGGUGCAAUAGAUCCACACAUCCCGCCUCCAUGUAUCCCUUUGCGGCAAGAUCACAAGAAGACCCUGGAGUGGAAGAAACCCCCAGUCAAAGUGGACGAUAUUGACCCAAAUAUUGCGUGCCCACCUUGCACGUGUGCAACCACUGUUAACGAUGGUGCACCCUCCUAUUGUCAUUUAGGACACGGUAGUGACUACCAAAACCUGCGGAACACACUCGAAAACAGGUACGAUUUGAGCGGUCAUGCUCUUCGUUUGAUAGAGAUACAAUACACUGGCAAUGAGGCGAAGAGCAAAGACGGAUGCCCUGUCGUUCAGUCUGCUAUCCAGCGUACGAGUCUACAAGAACAGGUGUGCGUGUUGUACAGACAAAGAGCGGGACACGACUGUGCCAGUGCUCUCAUAGUCGUCGUUAUCGUCCAGUGGGAAGGAUUACCCAUGGAGACAGCCAGUGAUGUGUACUCUACACUUGCUGCUACACUGCCCUCGGAUGGUGUUCCAACCCAGCGACAGUGCGACAAGAAUCAGACGAAGACUUGUGUGUGCCAAGGAUCCGAGGAAACAGGGGGGGCCUGCUUCUCAUUUGGCUGCUCCUGGUCCAUGUACUUUAACGGCUGCAAGUUCGCCAACUCUAAAAAUCCUAAAAAGUUUAAACUCGAUGAAAAGUCGAAGACCUAUGAUGCUGGUAAGGAGACACAAGUUGAGUGUAUCAUGCAGGCUCUAGCUACAGAUGUCGGGGCUCUCUACAAGAAUCUAGCUCCCAAAGCCUACUCUAACCAGGUUAGAACACAGGAGGACGGUUGGGAAUGUCGUAUCGGGAGUGGCAGGGAACGUCCUUUUAGUGGCAUCACAGCGUGUCUUGACUUCAGUGCCCACAACCACAAAGACAAACACAACCUGUCUAGCGGUGUCACGGUGGCUGUGACUCUGUUGAAACACAAAUCUAGGAUAGACACGAAUCCGUACAGAGAUCAAAUACAUUCCCUUCCGAUGUACACCCUGGCUCCCAAUCAGGGUGACUACCACGCGAUGCAGUACUCUCCAGAGAUAUUUGCAGAUAUCAACGUUCCCGCCCCCCAACCUGUUCCUCCCCAUAUGUUUCAGCGGCAAACACACAGCGGGAUUGAGUUUGACGAGGCAGGCUAUGUCCAAUAUUUGCGCCAGCAAGAAAUGGAGUACAGAGCCCAAGUAGAUGGGGCGAUCAGGAGUCUGGGACCACCUCGACAUUUCAUGUGCGGCGGUAUUGGAAUAGUUCCGACUCACGGGUCUGUAAUCCUGGAGCAUGCCCUGCGCGAGCUUCAUGUCACCACCCCUCUGCCCCAACCCUACCGGUAUCAUCCUACCCGCAUCGCACUUAUUCUCUAUCAACACAAGAAUCUGAAUCUGCGUUCCCACGGCUACAGAGAAAACGAGGAAAAAAUGAGGCAGAAAAGUGAAGAAAAGGAAGGAAAUGCAAGUGAUAAGAAGCUUGGCAGGGAUGGAGCCGAUAAAAAGAACGAAAAGGAACAAUUUCCUUCUUACGAUAAAGGGCUUAAAGAGCAAAUUAAGGAGACAGAGCUGAAGGAGCACAUUGAGGCAGCGAAAAGCAGGAACGAGAAGGAGAAGAGCCUCUCCUUUCAGAUAGCUCCAUUAAACCCAGACCUUCAACUUAUCCCUGUUGAUUGCCAGUCAACCCGAGGAGUGACAACCGUCAGCAACUCUCAAAGUCUCCCCUACAUGUUCAUCGCGGGUUCGUACCAGCACGUGCGCACGUGCACAACGUGCGAGAAGUGUAAUGAUGUGCACUGCUCAUAUCACAAGGUAGCCGGGUGUACGACUACUCCUGAGGAGGCACCUGCUGCUAAGAGUCAGCCCGGUAAAGCUAGGUCACGGAAGAAAGACAAGUCUGGUACAGCUAAACGGAGUAGGAAACUGCCACCAGAACUCCGGGACCUCAAGUCAGCCCCAAAAUCUAAACAAGCUGCUGGAGCUGGGGGGUCUGCGUCACUUCAGCUCACAAUUCCCACCUUUAAACCUGACUCAGACUCGGGUCCAACCUCAAAUCCUACCCCAGACCCAACACUACAAUCCAUGUCACAUAAUGAGACUUACAAUCACGUGACUCCCCAGAGUCCUCACGUCACCCCACACAGCCCUCACGUGACGUCACCCUACGCUUUAAUGACGUCUCAAAAUUCUCAUAUGACGUCACAAAUCCCUAUUAUGACGUCACAAAUCCCUAUUAUGACGUCACAAAUCCCAAACAUGACGUCACCUUUCGAUGCGAUUGCGUCACAACAUUUGCCAGGAACUGUGCCUUUUCAUCACUUGCCUCCGUUAAAGAACCAGAGUAACUCUCAGAUCCUUCAUGCUCAAGGAUUCACGUAAUAAUGUGGUAGUUUCAGUUAAGUUUAUUUUUCUAAGGAUUAUUAUUGAUUUAUUUCCGAGUCAAAGCUUGUGCUCUGUUUUUCUUAAUUUAAGAUUUUUAUAGCCUGCUAGUAUCCAUUAUUAUGGGUAGCACAAGCUUUUUUUUCUCAAAUUGGAACCGUGUAUUUUUAUUUAUUCAAUUAUCCUUAGAAUCUUAUAUAUUUAACCCUUUGAUAACCAUGCCAUCAGAUGAUUUGCUCUUCGUUGCAAAGCAAAUAGAGAGCGAUUUUAUUUUUUAUUGGUAAGUGAUGACAUUUAUUUUUCCGGUUUAUUGUGCUUGCUUUUUAUCCAGUCAUUUCUUUGGAAUAAUUGUGUGUGUAUGAGAAUUGGGGGCUUUAGCCAGACAGUUGUGAGUUGACGGGGAUGGGGUUAAAACUAAAGACCUAAUAUUUAUACUAGAAAAUAAUUGAAAUAGCGCCACUUGAUGCAAGGUAUAAAUACCUGAGCAGCCAGGUUCUCCCAGUGACGUCAUUAGUCCCUAGUUGACUAGCGGCUAAGCUACUCAUUACAAUUGCCGCAAACUAGAUUAGACAUGAUGUUUUUUUGGGAGUCAACAAAUUUUUCAUGAUUUCAUAUGCCAGGGGGAUCUAGAAGGCUCUGGGGUCUAUCCCGUAAAAAUUGGCACUGAUCAGGGGGAUUUUGUAAAAAUUGUGAACUGAAACUACAGCAUGCUGCUUGGUGAAGCCGUUCAACUUAUACUGGCGAAUAUAAUGGCUAAAGCCUUUAAACUUUGAAUACUUAAAGGUUAUAUAAUAUGCAGCUAUCGAUGCGAUUUUACACACGAUAACUUAUUAUUAACUUACAUCUUGAUUUAACCAGUUUUAUUUUGACGCAUUUUCAUAUUUAUUUGUAGUGGCGAGUUUGUUAUAAUUUUGGCGUAAAUGUGUAUAUAUUAGGUUUGAGUUUAUAUUUCUUUUUGACGACAGUAUUUUUGCAGCGAUUAUGAUUUUUGUUUUUUUCACCAAUGAAGAGGAAGAAGGGCGAGAAAUUUUCUCUUGAAACAACAAAUAUCUGCUCAGUGCUCACGGAAAGGAUUGAUAGUUUAAAUUAUGUUUUAAGUUGCCUUCCAAGUUCUAUUUAUUA